AUGUUACCCGCUAUAUCACUCCAAACCACCUCAAACCAACAGAAAGAUACCAGUGGUUCACCAGUUGUAUCGGGUCCUCGGGAUUCCCCCUCUAUGCCGCUCUCAUCCACAAGUGUGCAGAGUCAAGCCCAAGUUCCAACCCAUUUUCCAUUGGGACAACAAACCCCGCAAGCACAGCAGCCAGCUACAACUAGCAAUCGAUUCACUCGAGAUGGCUAUUUCAAUCGCACCAAACUCUUCACCCUUGCUUUCCCUUCUUGGACGAACAGUCUUUUGAAAAGAUUCGUCAAGCGUCUUAUAACUUGGGACAAAGCAACAAUCAUUGCUGCAGUUGCCAUUAUAGUUGGUACUGUUAUCUCAUAUUUCGCGUUGAAAUUAGCUAUUUGGACUGCAGCCAAGGACUUUAUUGAAUAUUGUCAAGAAGAACAGCCAACUCAAGAAGCAAGUGUGCAAUGUCGAAAGGCGGCCACCCAAGGGCUACCUCCGCCUCCCUUUUAUCGAUAUGAAGACGGUACUAUAGUGCGUCGAACUUGGACUGGGAUAAUAAUUGGAGCCACCGAGUCGAGAACGCAAAAUGAUUAUUACAUUUGUGGGUAUGCACUCAUAGCAUCUACAAUGUUUUACGCGGCAUGGAAUGUGAAAUAUUCAAAACUUCUGAGAAUCGUAAGAGAGUCGUUUAUGCCUGCACAAUAUGACGUUGAGCGACAGCCUCAAGACCUCGGUCAUUGCACUAAAGAUACAUGUUCGAUGGACUUAGCGGCAGAACAUGCUUCCGCUGCGCUCCCCCGAAGGAAUUCAAGUUCAAGAUCAGUUGCAGUCUUUACCACCAGUCAAGAUAAUAUGGAAUCGCGCAAGCUGCGCCAAAGGACGAUGAGAACCACAAAGAGAAAUGCGUCACCCACUGGAAAGUUAUCAAAUGAGGUACAUAUAGAGCAGCAGCCCAAAAUAAAGCUGAAAGGACCGGUAGUGAAGCAAGAGCAGAAUGUCAGAGUAGACCAAUUGACGCUCGAGGACUCGAAGAUUCUCGAAAAUAUAUGAAACUUUGAAACACGAUACAAAGGCAUCGACUAGAAGCAAAAGGUAGAGAUGCAUGGGGAAAAUCACGAAGUAGAAUUGUGGAUUCUUAACAUUCACAACAAUUUUCAAGAUGAAUUUCCCAUGUUCGAUCGAUACAUUAAUGACUUUCGCAGUUUUCUUUUAGAGUUAUUUGUAAUCGGAGGCCCUCGAGAUCAUCGAAUAGUCGACAGGCGGGUUUAUGACUCAAUGCAAACAUACCUCAUAUCAACGAUUUUAUUGAUUUUAUGAUUCACAGACAUUGUAUAAAUGAAUUCU